UUGUUAAGAAUAAGGUAUAGUCCUAUAGUAUACCACAUACUCACACCGCGUUCACAAUUUCAGUACUCUUACUCUCAAAGCACAUUCUGUUCUCGAACGUGUACAACGCUCGUAACAUUGUUUCUUAGUCUAACGAUCUCAGAUCAAGAUUUUCUCUAAGAUCGCUUAGUAUAUUUGUGAACUAAAGGAAGUGAUAAAAUGUCAACUUGUAGCAACAACACGUGUAAAUUAAUAAAACGCGCUAAAUUGAACAAUAUCGAUGAUGGUAUCGAAGAGGAUCAAGUUAUCGUGAAUGUUGACGAAACUCUAACGAUUACUCUCGAGGAACUUAUUAAAGAAUUGUACGAGGAAUUUAAAACAAACAAUGUUAAUGUCGAUCGAAUUCAGGCAUUGAUGGCUUCGUACGAUAGCAACCCUGAAGAUUGGAAGAAAUACGCUAAAUUUGAUUGUGAUCGAUACACAAGAAAUUUAGUUGACGAAGGAAACGGAAAAUUCAAUCUAAUAGUCCUUUGUUGGAAUCCGGCUCAAGGAUCCGCAAUUCACGACCACUCUGACUCACAUUGUGUAAUGAAAAUUCUCCAAGGUCAGCUGAUCGAGACAUUAUACACCUGGCCUCGAGAGAACCCGAAGUAUCCUGGAAAGGUCGCCGUAGACGAACUCGAGUCAAACGUACUGCAAACGAAUGAUGUGUGUUACAUCAAUGACUCGAUCGGGCUUCAUCGCAUGGAGAACCCGAGCAAGACCGAACCGGCAGUAUCUUUGCACCUGUACUCCCCACCAUAUUCAUCCUGCAAUGCCUUUGACAGACAAACCGGGAACCGGACACCUUGUAAGGUCACAUUCUGGUCUAAAUAUGGCAUGAAAAAUUAAAAUAAAAUCUAUUGAUGGGCUGACCUUAUAUGUUAAAGUAUGACUUAUGAGAAAAAAUCUAUGUAAAACGUAAACUUUUCUAUUUAUAACACAAAUAUUUUUCUAUGCGAAUGAAUAAAUAAAUAAAAUUAUUUUUGAAAUAUA